AGGUGUGGAAUAGAGCCCUCCUUCUUUACAGAGGAGUGUGUGGAAGUAAGAGAGGGAAGGCUUAAAGAGGAGAGAGUGAGAGAGAGAGAGACAGAGAGAGAAGUCAACCGCAAAGAGAAAACUGAAUAUAAAACAACAGGAUUCAGGAGAAUAAGAGAAAGAGAGGGUGUAUGAGUAAGAGAAAAGGAGAGAGGGUACAACAGUAAGAGAGAAGGAGAGAGGGUGUAUGAGUGAGUGAGAGAGAGAGAGAGAGAGAGGCAGCACUUAUUCUGCUCUAGAAGAGCCAGUGAUACAGUUGGACAGAAGGAAAGAAGAGAGGGAACGGGAGGACAAACGAGAAGCAAAAGUAGAGGGGGCUCAGAGGAGACGCUAGUGGCAGGAAUAUUGAAGCAGGCUGGAUUAGAUUUCACUGCACUGUGGAGAAACACACACACACACAGCAGGAGGUGUGUGUGAUGCACAUAUCUGUGUGCGCGUCAGCUGUGAAGUGUGUGUUUGUGUUUAGGCUGUGUGUGGUGUAAACUGAGUCUAGUGAGUGUGACAGCCAUGAGGACAGCCAGGAGGAUGUUAUCUGGUGUCUUUGCAUUGCUGUUGGCUUCUACUUUAACGGGAGCAUGGAGACCAUCUCAACCCAGACUGCAGUUCUCACACUCAGACUUGGUGCGCAGUGGGAGGUUGUUUUCUCUCCCCCUUUCUGCGGGAGACCUCCACUCUCUUCUGCCUGACGAAGAUGGCCGCCGUCUCUACAUCAGCAUGAAGGACUAUCUACUGUCCACAAGCCUGGAUGAUAUUACACACCCUCCCCGCAAGAUUCACUGGCCAGCAAAUCCAGACCGGAUCCAAGACUGUCUGAUGGCUGGGAAAGACCCCCAGCUGGAGUGUGCCAACUUCUUGCGCGUGUUGGAGGCUUAUAACCAAACACACCUUUACGCCUGUGGAACUGGUGCUUUCAACCCUCGCUGUGCAUUCAUUCCUGUCCAGUUCUUCCUCACGGCUGAGGAGCAAACACUGGUGUAUGAGCAGACUGAGACAGGUAAAGGGAAGUGCCCCUAUGACCCCCACCAGAGGACCGCUACUGCCAUCAUAGAUGGGGAGCUGUAUGCUGGCAUCACCUCAGACUUCAUGAGUCGUGACUCUGCAUUUUUUCGGAGCCUUGGAGAGCGGCAUGUGAUCCGCACCGAGCAAUAUGACCCAACCUGGCUACAGGAGGCUGAGUUUGUGCACGUGGCCAUGAUGAAAGAGAGUGAUAAUGAGGAAGAUGAUAAGGUCUAUAUGUUCUUCACUGAGCGCGCUCAGGAAGCAGAGGGGCCGGCUGGGAAAGUUCUGUACUCCAGAGUUGCCCGCGUCUGCAAGAAUGACAUUGGGGGACAGCGGAGUUUGGUGAAUAAGUGGAGCACGUUUCAGAAGGCUCGAAUUGUCUGUUCAGUGCCUGGACCUGAUGGCAUACAAACGCACUUCGACCAGCUCCAGGAUAUCUUCAUUCAGUAUGGCAAAGACCAGAAGAAUCCUCUGAUCUACGGUGUCUUCACCACCUCCAGUGACGUGUUAAACGGAUCAGCGGUAUGUGUGUACCGCAUGCAGGAUAUCAUCCGUGCCUUCAAAGGAAAUUUCUUCCAUAGGGAGGGUCCACAGUACAAAUGGGCGGAGUUUACAGGCAAAGUACCCUUUCCCAGGCCUGGAACAUGUCCAAGCAGCACUUAUGGCACCUUCCGCUCCACAAGGGAGUAUCCUGAUGAUGUCAUCUUCUUUAGCCGCACCCAUCCGUUACUGCAAGAUGUAGUGCUACCUCUGCAUGGCCGACCUUUGCUGAUUCGAGUGGGCGUGAGCUAUAAGCUGACCCGCCUUGUCGUGGACAGAGUGGAGGCUGUGGAUGGACAGUAUGAUGUUCUGUUCAUUGGAACAGACUCUGGACUUGUCCUGAAGUCCUUAUACCUCUACCAAGACAGAGGACAGCAUCAAGAAGUCACACUGGAACAGCUGCAGGUUUUUAAGCACAAGUCACCAAUCACUGCCCUGACGCUGUCCAAGAAAAAGUGGCUGUUUGCGGGGUCUGCGGAGGGGGUGUCUCAGCUCGCUCUGUUUCAGUGUGAUCUGUAUGGACAGGCAUGUGCUGAGUGCUGUAUGGCCCGAGACCCCUACUGCACCUGGGAUGGCCAUGCCUGCAGCCCCUACAUGCCAGUUGCACGCAGGAGAAACACUCGUCAGGUUGGAGAUGACAGGAAUCCUUUAAACCAGUGUGUCAGACAGGGAGCUGGACUUCAGGUGCACACAGAGGAGAGAGCAAUAUUGGUUGCUGUGGGUAACAGCACCUACCUGGAGUGUUUGCCGAAAUCCCAACAUGCCGCAGUUACCUGGUUUAAACAGACGGGAGAGAACAGUUUGGAACAGCACCAGGUGAAAUCAGGGGAUCAGCUGGUGGUCAUUGACAGAGGAAUUCUGAUUCCGAGGGCAGAGCUGAAUCAUGGGGGGAUAUAUCACUGUCAGCUGCAGGAGCACGGCUUCAGCUGGACAGCUGUAACGAUUCGCUUAAGCGUGUGGAACCCCGCCCAGCGCUUCACACCUGACUCCACCUCGCAGCCCUGGUACCAGGAUGUGAUGACACUCAUUCACCACGGCAACCUGGAACAGUACUGCAAGGAACUUGGCAAAAGGCGUCACAUCAGCAAAGGGUCUAAAGAAGCGGAGCAGAAGCGGGACAGAAAAAAAGGGGACAGACACAAACAUGGAGGGAAAGGGAGGAAGAAUAGAAGCAAAAUGGACAAUCUGGUUUCAAGGUCUCCGAGGAGUGCCUAGAGACUCAAACUGGACACGAAAGAUUCAUAGCAUUCUUGAAAAAACAACAAUACAUAGCAUAUAUACUUAUGAACACAGGAAAAACAUUACUGAAACUGAAUGAAAGGACUAAAUGAGUGUCAUUGUAAAGACUGUUCCUAAGCAGCAAUGUGUGGAUGACAUGAAGUGUGGCUAUGAUGAGGGAGAACCUUAAAGACAAAGAGUGUGGCCAUAAGAUGUGGACAUUUGGACGUGUGGAUAUAGCCGGGAUAUAUUUUCUUGGCUAUGCUGCUAAUUAGUUGGUCAUUUAAACAGUGACUGUGCAGAUGUGGAACCCUUCUGAAAGUUAGGAAGUCCUGUAGCCUGUGUAAAUAAAGACAAGCCUCCCAGUGUUUGGGAGUAUCUUAAAAAGCUCUUUGUUUUAAAAAGACUGCUGAGGUUAAAGCACAAAUUUUACUUUUUAUUACAUACUAGCUGUAUCUAAAUCUAUUGUUCUAAACAUUUUUUUUCUUAUUUAACUUUGUAUUUAUUUUCUCUAUGUGUCAAGUCAUCUAUUCAGCGAUGUCUCCUUUUUAUGACAUUUAAAGUGGUUUAAUACAGUUAGAUGAAUCAUCACUUUUGAAGGAAGGGUAUUGAGAGACUUGCAAAAUCUGCAUGGAUCUGCACAUCAGUUUCAUUUUUUCACAGUUCAGCUGUGCUUGGUGUUUGCUUGCAAAUGAUUCUAAACAUAUGCUUAACCAAAUGGAAGAGCUCAGCUACAGUUAAGAAAAUAAAGAGAGGAAUUAGGUAAUGAACCAUUAGUUAACUGUUUUUUACAUUACCAUUAUGAAAGUUAAUGAGAAACAAAACAUAUGGACUGCAAACAUGUGAAUAUGAAUUGGAUCAUGUAGAAUUAUGAUGACAGAUGAGGACUUGGUUAGUAAUUAAACCCCUUAUCUAAUGAGUGUUAUUCAGGGAUACUCGCAAAUGGAAGAGAGACAUUUCCAUAUGACAAUUAGGAGGUUAACCUUUGCACACAUAGCUAUAAAAACACACAAACAAACAAACAAAAACAUAUUGAUGUUAAUUAAGUGACUUUCCUGAUGGAGAGGCGGCUUAGAAGAUGGAUGGAUGGAUGGAUGGAUGGAUGGACUUUUGCUAUGGCAAUAACAGACAUGACUACAAUUUGUACCAUAAUGACAUGAUCAAAUGACCUCACAACUUGGUGAAAAUGUAGCUUUAAUUAAUUUAAUACAUUUGGAAAUGUACUUCCACUUGUUAACUGAGCAACUUCCCAAUGCUAGAACCCACUGGCUGCUGUAAUGUUAAAUAAAUCAAAAUGUUCUGUGGA